CGCACCGGCAGCAGCAGCCUCUCAUCUCUUUCGCCGGUUGGCGCGGCGCGGUUUUUUAUUACCUGACGCGACACGCGACUGCGCGGCCCGGCCCGGCCGGCCACCGGCUAGUACAGCGGCCUGCGCCUGCAGGUCAGGCCCUCAGGCAGCAGCGCGCUCGCGUACUCGCAGACUCGCAGUCGCUUCCUUGGAUCACUCGCAAGCUGCCACUCACGCCUCCCUCCCUCCCACCUUCUACUAGAGUAUUUCUUCGCUCGGGUCGGGUCGGCUCGCCCGAGGCUGCCGAUCUCUCUCCGCGAAGGCAUUGACUUUGCGCGGGCGCGUGGCGAUGGACGCGGCGGGCAUGGCAGCGGGCGCGCCCAUACUGCCGCCGGACGCGUCCCCGCCGCCGGCCGCCGGGCAGGGCGCGGCGUUCCCGAUCGCCAUCGUCAUCGCCAUCGGGUUCAUGGUCACCUCGCUCAUCCUCAUCAGCUACUACUUCCUCGUCGUCCGGUGCUGGCUCCGCGGCGGCAGCGGCGGCGGGGGGCCCAGGUCCGGCCUGCUCCACCGCGCGCGCCGCGAGGAGCUCCUGGACCGGGUGUCCGCGGUCUUCUUCACCGACCUGGAGGCCGCCGAGCACCCCGGCGGGCUCGACCCGGACGUCGUCUUCGCGCUCCCCGUCGUCAAGUACCGCCGGGCCCGGGCAGCGUCGGCGGCGCUCGAGUGCGCCGUGUGCCUCGCCGAGUUCGCGCCGGGCGAGCGGCUCAAGCAGCUGCCCAGCUGCUCCCACGCCUUCCACAUCGAUUGCAUCGACACCUGGCUCCACCACAACGUCAGCUGCCCGCUCUGCCGCACCGUCGUCACGGGCGGCGUCGCGCUCCCACUCGCCCGCGACGACCACGACGCGUCCUGCCGCGAGCUGCAGCUCGGCGACGACGGCCGCAUCGUCGGCGCCGCCGCCAGGACGACGGGGUACGGGAGCUCCUGCAGGUUCCCGACCAAAAGCGGCGCCGCGCAGGAGCCCAUCACGCGCUCCUUCUCCAUGGACUGCUUCGCCGGCGGCCUCGGCCGGAAGCCGCCGCAGAAGGAGCCUCCUGCUGGUAGCUCGGAGGCCGGGCCGAGCAGCGCCGCCGCCUCCGACCGCCCCGACAGCGGCACCGGCGAGACUAGCGGGCGGUUCCGUCGGCUGCUCUCGUCGUUCGGGCUCGGCCGGAGCUCGCGGAGCACGGUGCUGCCGAUCCAACUGGACCCGUGACGGCGGCGACGGAGCUACGCGUGGACGGUGACGAUGAUAAGAUCAAGCGGGGCCGGGCAGGGAUCCUCCACACGCUCGCCUCAUUGGCUGCAAGGCCCCCCGUGUCGACGUCGCGAGGUAGGUUAUGCAACCCACACAUCACCACUUCUGUUCAUCAAAGGCAAUUAACUAGUAAUAACACCAUGGAAGCAAAAGAAAAGCCAUCAUUUGAUUGCAAAGAUGUUGUAACUUGUAACCACCGUACGCCGUCAUCAUUUGGCAACACAAAAUUGUUGGCGAGAUAAACAAAACCAUGUUUGGUUAACCAAAACACCUUUUCUAGCUAGCUUGACCAGCCAACAGUAUACUAUAGGAGCCAUGAGGAUGAGGUGAAAGAUUUUAUUUAUUUUCCUCUUCCCCUUAUCAGAGAGGAGAUGGAAUUAUUUAUGUGAUUGUCUGUGACCCUGCCCGGACGGGAGGCUUCUUCAUCCAUACGCGAAGGCGAGAAGCCGACGAGUUGCCGGGGUUGACCAUGGAUGGCAUGGCAUGGCACCACAACGGCCAAGUUGCAUCCGCUGACGCCCCCCGUCUGCACCGACGCGCGGCGUAAACAAACGCAGGCUGCAGACGCAGACAAGGGCAGGCAGAAACGGCCCGAUCACGAUCAAUCCCGGCCGCCUAGUUGCGUGGUUCCAUGUGGAUCUCCACUUGAUCAGCAGCGAGAGUCACGGGGGUUGACUUGCAUCCAGGCGGCCGGGGGGCCUUGCUCCGCGGCGGCGAAUCAUACGCUCACAUGGUUGACGGAAUCUGCUGCCUUCUUCUAGUUCUGCUUCUGCAACGGACAAAUCGGACGGAGGCAGUGCGUUCUGUGGAUCGUUGACUCGCUGGAGGUGCCAUUGGCGCUGUAAAUUCCCAUGCAUGUUCAAACUGAAAGGA